GCCCCCUCCCAAAACCCCCCCCGCCUCGCCUCGCCUCGCCUCGCCGCGCGGCCGCCGGCUUUAGGGUUCGGCGCGCCCAUGUCGGCGCCGGCGCCGCAGCAGGCGCCGCCGGCGCAGCCGCCUCCGCCUCCGCCGCCGCCGGCCGCACCCGCGGGGGUCACCGCGACCCCCAUCUCGGUGCAGCCGCCCCCUAUCCAGCCCAAACCGCCGCCGCCGCCACAGCAGCAGCCGCAGCCGGCGGGGCCUGUUUCCGGCCCGCCGACGCCGACGCCGGCGCAGCUCCUGAAUCUGGGCCCGCAGCCGCCGCUGUACCGGGGCCCGAUCUGCUGGAACUCCUACUGCAAGGACCCCGACCCCAACUCCUUCGGCCGCCGCGGGUGGAAGGUCCGCUCGGGCCCGCCCUUCUCCAUAUACGCCGACCUCUGCGGGAGAUGCUAUUCGCAGUUUGAACAGGGGAUAUACUGCGAGACGUUCCAUUCCGAUGAGGGGGGCUGGAGGAACUGCGAAUCCUGCGGGAGGAGGGUGCAUUGCGGCUGCAUCGUGUCCAUCCACAAGUAUCAGCUCCGUGACGCUGGCGGGGUUGACUGUGCCAAGUGUGCUCGGAACACCCGUACUGCCAUGGCACCACCAAGUCCGGUAUGGGCGUCCCCAAUGCAUAAUUCUCAAAAUGUAGCUGACAGAAAAGACAUUCCUGUAAAAAGCUGGAGACCUCCUGCUGGGCAAAUUUCAAGUCAGUGGCGACAGACUAAUCUUUGGAGUGUGUCCAGUAUACAAUCGGACUUGCAGCAGCGUCUUGCUUUUGAGUUUGAUAGGCCUAGUGGUAGCGAAAAAUUACUUCCUGGGCGCACUUUUAUCCAUGCCCAGGAAAGGAAAUUUGAUGACAUGCAUGACAGACCAACAACUCCUGCUGGCAUGAACCACAUUAUAAGGGAGAGAGAUGCCAAUGGGCACGGUCAGCCCACCAAUAUGGAUCCAGCAUACCCUUAUAACCUCUAUCACAGAGAUGGACCGCAUCCAAAUAAUCUUCAUGAUCCUAGUCACCAUGGUGGAGAAAAUGAUUCUUUGUCUUCCCGGAAAGUGGCGUUGCCAGAUGCUUCUACAGGUGUGGAUGGCUUCAAGCAUGAUUCACAUCAUCCAUCUAUUUUAAAGGAUGAUCCACCAUCCCUUUCAGUUGGAUUGGCUUCUAAUUUUGCAUCACAGAAUGGACCGAAAGACCACAUCAGAAUUGCACCUGCUCAGCAGCAAGCGCAAAUGGCUUCGUCCUCAUUGCAGAAACAAUUCUAUUCUCACCCAGUAACUGGUUAUAGUGAAUUCCAAGCUCAAUUGCGCAAUGGAAGACCCAGAAUGGAUGCAAAGGCGAGAUCACAGUUACUUCCUCGCUAUUGGCCAAGAAUAACAGAUCAAGAGCUACAGCACUUAUCUAACGAGUAUCCAACUUCAAAUUCUGUCAUUACUCCUUUGUUUGAAAAGAUGUUAAGUGCUAGUGACGCUGGGCGCAUUGGUCGUUUAGUUUUGCCAAAGAAGUGUGCUGAGGCGUACUUCCCUCCAAUCUCUCAGGCUGAAGGGCUCCCUUUAAAGGUUCAGGAUGCCAGUGGUAAAGAAUGGAUAUUUCAAUUCCGUUUCUGGCCUAAUAAUAAUAGCAGGAUGUAUGUAUUGGAGGGUGUCACACCUUGUAUUCAGUCAAUGCAGUUACAAGCAGGCGAUACAGUAACCUUCAGCCGAAUAGAUCCAGAAGGGAAGUUGAUCAUGGGAUUCAGGAAGGCAACUAAUAUGUCUUCUGAACAGGAGCAAACAACAAAGCCUGCAAAUGGUGCCCCAGCAACUUCAGAGGCAAAUGGUAAAGUUUCUGCUCCAGAUUCCAGUCCAAAUGCUGCAAUUUCCCGACAAAACAAGGUCAACACAGAAACCAAAAGCUCUAGCCCUGUGGAACAAGCUGCUACUUCUAAAAUUGAUAAGGACGUAUCAGCACCUAAGGAAGGGCCAGGAACUGCUAGUUCUUCCCCAGGGCCUGUUAAGAGAAAAGCAACUAAUCUCACUCCAAAGAAUAAACGACUACGGAUGGAAAAUGAGGAAUCAAUGGAGUUGAAGAUAACAUGGGAGGAAGCUCAAGAAUUGCUCCGUCCCCCUCCUAAGGCCCCCUCAAUUGUUAUUGUCGAUGGCCAUGAGUUCGAGGAAUAUGAGGAGCCACCGAUACUUGGAAGAAAGACGUAUUUUGCAACAGAUCAAUCAGGUUCAAAUCAUCAAUGGGCCCAAUGUGAGAAUUGUUCCAAAUGGAGGAAACUGCCAGCAGAUGCCCUGAUGCCCUCUAAAUGGACAUGCAAUGACAAUAAAUGGGAUUCAGAAAGGUCUUCUUGCGAAGCUGCACAAGAAAUAAGUAUGGAGGAGCUUGCAGAAUUGAUUCCUAUAAAAUCUGGUCCAGGUGGAGCAAAAAAGCCCAAAUCGAAGAUAGAAGGUGAAGCUAUUGAUGCUUCAGAUGGGCUCGACACGCUUGCAAACCUUGCAAUUCUUGGUGAAGGUGAAGCUCUCCCUUCCCAGCCAACCACAAAACAUCCCCGCCAUCGACCUGGCUGCUCAUGUAUCGUCUGCAUCCAACCACCAAGCGGGAAGGGCCCAAAGCACAAGCAAACAUGCACCUGCAACGUCUGUAUGACGGUUCGACGCCGUUUCAGAACACUCAUGCUUCGCCGCGAGAAGAGGGCGACGACAGAUUCGCCUCGCAGGAAAGAGACAGGCCAAUCCAGCCAAACAGUCACACAAGCUGGAUCUGGCCUGCAGGCAACCAGUGCCAAUGCAACCAACUCUUCCAAGAAAGCAGUCGGAAAUGCCGAUGGGCCUGAAGACAUGGCUGUCGACCACAAGGUGACAUCCUCUCCCGUCAAGAACCACAUUGACCUGAACAGCCAGCCUGAACGGGAUGAUGAGCAAUCACCAAAGUCGGGCGCAGCUGGUGCAUUGAGCCGAGACAAUCCCACUUAGGGUGGCGAGCGGAGAGGCAGGAUUAUACCGGCGAGAGUGGACAUAGAUAGCUGAUCCAACAUAUCCUUCCGAAAUGUCUAUACCCAUUAAGAAAAAAAUGUGGCAUGAGGUGUUGUAGUGUAGGUGUUAUCUCUUACCUUCCAUACCAUAGAGCUGGUUUCCUUUUUCCCCAGACAGACUCCAGUGGUAAUGUUAUCGUGUAUACCAUAGGUCAGGAUAUCCGUAGGUGUUGCGUGGGGCCUUGCAUACCCUGUAUGAUGUAUGUAUUGCAAGAUCAGCGCGUCGUUUCGGCAGUGUAAACGGGGAGUUAUUCAUGUAUUCCAUUGCUUCGCUACCGAAGUAUUGCUAUCUUCUUUUCCUGGUCUGUGCA